AUGGCAGUAAAGGCAAAGGUUUUAUAUGAGUUUGCUGCGGAGCCAGGCAACAACGAGCUGACGGUCCAUGAAAAUGAGACUAUCACUAUCACCAAUCAGAGUAUUGGAGGUGGUUGGGUCGAAGUACAAAACUCCAGAGGAGAUGUUGGACUGGUACCUGAAGACUACAUAGAGGUCAUUGCAUCAGCACCGUCAUUCCCUGCAGCAGCCCCCACACCCCCUCCUCCCAGUGCAGGAAAUGUAGCAGCUCCAGAUUUGUCCUUCUUUGAUGCCUUUGCUCCUGCCUCUGCCCUUCCCUCCAACCAGGUGGACACUGGGAGUUUGAGUCCCAUGCCUGAUACCCCAGACACCCCACUCUCUCCUUUAUUUUGUUUUCCGAACGAGACUAGUAAUGGUGGGGACCCCUGGUCGACGUGGAAUGCUGAUCCCUCAGGAGGCUCUUCCAACAACUGGGCGUCAAACCCCGAGGGCACUCAGACGGGGAAGAGUGCGGCGCCAGACCCCUGGAGCUCUGUGUCACACGGUCAUCCUCAGGCUUAUCAAGGACCAGGCCCUUAUCCUUAUUUGAUUGAUUACACAGGGGCGGAAGACGACGAGUGGGAUGACGAGUGGGACGACAGAUCCACUGGAGGUUAUGCGGAGUCUGAGGCGGGAGAGGCUGGAGCUAUGCAGAGGGCUCACACAAUGAAAAUAUCUCUCAACAAGUUUCCCUUCUCCAAGUCUGGUCCAGAGUUGUAUCUCCUUUGCAAACAGCUUACGAAAGGAAAAGAGAAGCUUCCAAUUUAUAUGGGAGAAGUCGGUGCAGUUUGGUCUUACCCAGAGACACAACUCGACUGUGUUGUAGCCGAUCCCAAAAAAGGCUCAAAGUUGUACGGCCUUAAAAGUUACAUUGAAUAUCAAGUUAUACCCAAUACCACAAAUAGACCAGUCAACCACAGAUACAAACACUUCGAUUGGCUUUAUGAGAGACUUUUGGACAAAUUUGGCUCGGCUAUCCCCAUCCCGUCUUUACCGGACAAGCAAGUGACCGGACGUUUUGAGGAAGAGUUUAUUAAAAUGCGCAUGGAGCGGUUGCAGGGUUGGAUGACCAGAAUGUGUCGACAUCCAGUUGUUUCUUGUAGUGACGUCUUUCAACUAUUUCUCACCUACAAGGACGAGAAGGAUUGGAAAACGGGCAAGAGAAAAGCAGAGAAAGACGAGACGGUUGGAGUAAUGAUCUUCUCCACGAUCGAGCCUGAAGCAGCCGACCUGGACCCUGUGGAAGUUGAGCAGAAGUGUGAGCAGUUCAGCCGGUUUACCAAAGCCAUGGACGACGGCGUGAAGGAGAUUCUCACAGUGGGCCACGAGCACUGGAAGAGAUGCACAGGCCCAUUACCCAAGGAGUAUCAGAGGAUCGGCAAGGCUUUCCAAAACCUGUCGUCUGUUUUCACCAGCAGCGGAUACCAGGGUGAAGCCACCCUCACCGACGCCAUGACGGAGGCAGGCAAGACUUAUGAGGAGAUCGCCCUGUUGGUUGCAGAACAGCCCAAAAAAGACCUUCACUUUGUCAUGGAAACCAACAACGAAUACAAGGGUCUGCUCGGCUGCUUUCCAGACACAAUUGGAGUCCAUAAGGCCGCAAUAGAAAAAGUAAAAGAAGGAGAUAAACUGGUUGCAGCAGGAAAAAUCACAGCUCAGGAGAAAGUGACCAUGGCCAAACGUGUUAGCACGAUGUCUUUUGCAUUACAAGCUGAAAUGAACCACUUCCAUAGCAAUCGUAUCUAUGACUACAACCGGGUCAUGCAGCAGUACCUCGAGGAGCAAAUCAAGUUUUACGAGACGAUCGCGGAGAAACUGAAACAUGCGCACAGUCAGUUCACCACCAUGUGA